CCGCUUCCCCUCUGCCCGGGAAGAGGCGGGCGCAGCCGCGGCCAUGCAGGUCUCCAGCCUCAACGAGGUGAAGAUCUACAGCCUGAGCGCCGGCAGGAGCCUCCCGGAGUGGCUCUCUGACAGGAAGAAAAGAGCUUUACAGAAGAAAGAUGUGGAUAUCCGUAGAAGAAUUGAACUUAUUCAAGACUUUGAAAUGCCCACAGUUAGCACAAAGAUUAAGGUAUCAAGAGAUGGACAGUAUAUUAUGGCAGUUGGAACCUACAAGCCCAGGGUCCGCUGUUUUGAUACCUAUCAGUUAUCCCAGAAAUUUGAAAGAUGCUUAGAUUCCGAAGUGGUUACGUUUGAGAUUUUAUCAGAUGAUUACUCAAAGAUUGUCUUCUUGCAGUGUGGCAGAUUUGUGGAGUUUCAUUCACAACAUGGCCAUUACUACAGGACAAGAAUACCAAAAUUUGGUAGAGAUUUCUCUUACCACUAUCCAUCAUGUGACCUGUAUUUCGUAGGAGCAAGUUCUGAAGUGUACAGGCUAAAUCUGGAACAAGGAAGAUUUCUGAACUCCCUGCAAACUGAAGCUUCAGAGAGUAAUGUCUGUGACAUAAAUCCUGUACACUUCUUGUUUGCUAUGGGAACAGCUGAGGGUAAAGUGGAAUGCUGGGACCCUAGAACUAGAAAUCGAGUUGGGCUGUUGGACUGUGCACUAAGCAGUGUGACAGCAGACACAGAGAUAGAAGGUUUACCAUCCAUUUCAGCACUGAAAUUUGAUGGAGCUUUGAAUAUGGCUGUUGGAACAUCUACUGGGCAGGUUCUAUUAUAUGAUCUCCGGUCUAGUAAUCCAUUAAUAGUCAAAGAUCACCACUAUGGCCUGCCUAUUAAAUCAAUUCAGUUUCAGCAUCAGUUGGAUUUAAUUAUCUCUGCGGAUUCUCGAAUAAUAAAAAUGUGGAACAAAGAUACAGGAAAGAUAUUUACUUCAAUGGAGCCAGAACAUGAUAUAAAUGAUGUCUGCCUGUAUCCAAAUUCAGGAAUGCUAAUGACUGCCAAUGAAGCCCCUAAAAUGAAUAUCUAUUAUAUACCAGUUUUAGGACCUGCCCCAAAAUGGUGUUCCUUCUUGGACAACUUGACUGAAGAACUGGAAGAGAAUCCAGAGAGCACAGUUUAUGACGAUUACAAAUUUGUUACCAGAAAAGACCUUGAAAAUUUAGGCCUUGCUCAUCUCAUUGGAUCAUCAUUGCUCAGAGCAUAUAUGCAUGGCUUCUUCAUGGACAUAAGACUUUAUCAUAAGGCAAAAAUGAUGGCCAACCCCUUUGCUUAUGAGGAAUAUAGAAGAGAGAAAAUAAGACAGAAGAUAGAAGAAACACGUGCACAGAGAGUUCAACUGAAGAAACUUCCAAAAGUUAAUAAAGAACUUGCACUCAAACUGAUUGAAGAAGAAGGGGAAGAGCAACAGAUUAGCAAAAAACGGAAACAAAAGAAUCUGCCAAGUCUUCUCAAAGAUGAUCGUUUUAAGGUCAUGUUUGAGAAUCCAGAUUUCCAGGUAGAUGAGCAGAGUGAAGAAUUUAGGUUACUUAACCCACUUGUUUCUAAAAUAAGUGAGAAAAGAAAGAGGAAGCUAAAGAUCUUAGAAGAACUGGAAGCACAAGGACAGGAAGAGGAGGAAGAACCAGAAGGAAAAGCAAGUGAUGCCGAAAGUUCUGAGAGCUCAGAUGAUGAAAAAGGCUGGGUUGAAGAGGUCAGGAAACAGCGCAAGCUUUUACGCCAAGAGGAAAAACUAAAGCGGCAGGAAAGGCUCAAGGAAGAUCAGCAAACAUUACUGAAACCUCAGUUUUUCGAGAUUAAAGAAGGAGAGGAAUUCAGAAGCUUCAAAGACUCUGCCAAAAAACAAAAAUUAAUGAAGAAAACUCUUGAAGAUCGUUUAAAGCUUGAAGAAAAGCUUGGCACACUCAAUGUGUCUGAUACCACAGUAGGCAGCAAACAGGCAACAUUCAAAUUAAAGAAGUCAGAGCAGCAAAGGAAACAGCAGGAAGCUGAGAAACUGCAUCGUCAAGAGAGGAAAAGUCUUCGGCGCUCUGCCAGUCAACUCAAGAGCAGACGUGGAAGAGGACGACUAUUUCCUUGAUUUAUGGUUUUUUUUUUUUUUUAAGAAACUUUUUACCUAAUUUUUCAUUUGAAAAAGGGGCUUUUUCAAAUUGGGACACAGUACCAAUGGAUUUGUGUUUUGAUUCAUUGGUGAACAAAAAACCAGAACUUCCUAAACGCUGUGUUAAUUAUUGAGAAGUUUAUGAAAGUUAGAGUACUGACCAAAGGACACUAUGGAUAUUGUCCAGUGUGAACUGUAUUUGUUCAUAAAUCACCAGCAAUCAGUUAUUGUGUUACCCUGGAUGUUUUCUAUAUAAGAAUUUAUGUAUACAACGAGGCUCCCUGUCUUUUGUUUAACUGAAGAGCUGUGAGUUUUUGUUUCUGAAAUCUUUGUGACUGCUUAGGUAGAAGAUCAAGGGUAAGUUAUUUUGUCUAAAAGCUUAUCUUUACAAGGACACAACAAAUUUUUCAUCUUGAAGGAUGACACACAAUUGUAUUUUUCAAAAACUGACUUUGGCUUUAUAUUCUUGGGUUGCCUUUAGUAGCAAAUGGUACAAAUGGUUGUCAGAAGGGCAACUGAGAAUGCCUGAUUUGGGUUCCUUUGAGUCAUUGUAUAAGGAAACCUCUCUUGCCACACCAGGUACAAAGAGGAAGCUCAGAAGCAUCCCCUAUUAAUAAGUCCUAUUAACUUAGAUUUUGUAAAUACUACCUUAACUCAUGUAAAACCUGCUCCUGAUGUUUCUGUUUUGGAAAGCCAGCCAUGGUUCAGCAUAGAUCAAGUGGUAUAUGUUCACAUAACAAGCAUUUUAAGGCCAUGCCAGUAGUCUCCUAUGCUUCAGAAAAAGAGUUUUAAAAACCUAGAACCUAAAUAGGUCAGUACUUCAGCAAAUAAAUUAACUUUUAUCUUUGAUCCUAAAAGAACCUUUUUAUUGCUUUUUAAAAGCUUUUAUAGACUGCCUUUUUGCUAGAUCAAAAAAACCUCUGAACUUUGGAUCCAACAAGAAUCAGUGAAUCCUUCUGUCACUGUAAAUCUUUUUUAAGAGACUCAUAGGUUCUUAAGUGUUUUGCUUUAUAAACCAGAGGGGUAUUAAUCUGGUCAAGUCUUUUGGACAGUAUUUAUAGAAUCUUUGCAGUUACUUCAGUAAAAGCCUUCAUUCCUCAUAGCCUGUUAUUUUUUUGUUGUUGUUGUUAAAUAAUAAUUUAACAUAGUUAAAUUUUUUUUCUCCCUGACAUAAUUUUACCUGCUUUAAUUCUUGUUUUAAUUAUAUUGCCGCCUUCAGUUUAAAAAGGCAUUUUUACCUGAUAUUUUUAUCUUUAAAAACUUACACUGCAGUUAUCACCUCUGCCCUUGCAUUCAACUAAAGGAUGAGUCUCUCAAUACUUAGUUUUUUACCUCUAACUGUCAAAUUACUGCAUUGUCCAUAAGGUUCUCAUGCUUUUUAUUUAGCACAGAACUAUUCAGUAUUCCAAUGUCAGUCUCACCCAUGCUGUAAGUACCAUUAUUACUUCUCCUUAGGCACUGAGAAAUGUGAAUGCAGUUGUGGUUGCUUCAGGGUAUGUCCCUCUUUUUGGAGUCUUGUCUUCUGACAUGCAAGCCUCUGAAAUCCAAAUGCAGUGACAAGUUAAAAUUUGUACUAGUGCAACAUCUUCCCUCUGGAGCAUUAUGUUAUCUCUUAGAAACUAUCUCUGUGCGAUUCUGGUGUGCUCAAGUCGUACACAGGGCUGUAUGAAAUUGGAAAGAUUAACAGGGGAAACUGGCCUCCAUUGUGGUUGAAACAGGGCACUGAGUGGACAGAAGUGGCGCUGUAAGAGCAGGAAUUUGGCAGAGUUUGUUCCUUCUCAUGGUGGGCCUAAAUCCCCAUUAUGUUUGCUCUAGAGCUGCAUUUACGGUAUAAGGCAUCUGUAUUUCAGCAUUGAUUUUGUGGGCUGUCAAGAGCAGUAAAAAACUAAAUAUGGUUGAUUUGCAGGGUGUUAAUGAAUUGAGUAUGAAAUGGUUAACCUUCAGCUUAAAAUGAGAGUAUUUCUUCUGGUUUUGAGAUUCUUCUGACUGACUGGUUUAAGUCAGUGUUUUGCUUUUCUUGCACUUACAUUCAUAAUGUAAGUAUUGUGAUAGUAUUGAUCACAUGUUUAGGUUGAAGCCUCUAUGAUAAAAUGAAUAUGGUUUGUACUGUUAGAUAGAAGGCACAUGCAUGCUGCCCUUAGCAUGCCAUUUAUUUCACCUCAAAGAUAGUUGGGGUACAUUUUAAACACCUCCUUCAACCUGCUGGCAAUGCUCUUCCUAAUGCCCCUCAGGACACCAUUGGCCACAAGGACACAUGUCAUGGACAGCUUGUUUUUCACCAGCACUUCCAGGUCCUUCUCCACAGAGCUGCUUCCCAGCAGGUCACCCCAGCCUGUACCAGUGCCCAGGGCUAUUCCUCCCCAGGUGCAGGACCCUGCAUUUGCCUUUGUUAAUUUCAAACUGUUCCUCUCUGCCCAUCUCUCCAACCUGUUGAGGUCCCUCUGAAGGGCUGCAGAGCCCUCUGGGGUAUCGCCACUCCUCCCAGCCUUGUGUCAUCAGGGAACUUGCUGAGGAGACCUCUGCCCCUUCAUCCAGGUCAUUGAUGAGUGAGUUAAACAAUACUGAACCUUGGGGGACACCACUAGUGACAAGCCUCCAACUAGACCCUGUGACACUGGUUAUGACCCUCUGGGAUCUGCCAUUCAGCCAGUUCUCAAUCCACAUCACUGUCCACAUAGGGACCUGGCAUGAAGCAUGUUUAGAUUGUUGAGAUUGAUUAAGUAGAUUAACAGCAGGUUGAAGUUGUUCUUGAGCAGCUAUCUGGGGAAGAUUGAAAGUUUCAGUAGAAGCUGGAGUAUCAAUGCAACAUCAUUGCAAAUGAAUUAGCUUCAUCAUGCAACCAAAGCAGGCGUUUCUUAAGUGUCAGCCUGGUUCCAUUAAUGUUUUUCAGUCAGCAGCCACUUCGUUUUCCAUGCUGCAGGAAUCAGUAUUCGUCCAGAAUUGCAAUUCCUAGAAGCUGAGCUGCUGCUGGGAUCCUUUGUGACAUUUAAGGUUCAUCCUCUUAAGGUAAGUGUGAUCAGCUGCUGUAGCCUCAUGGAAACCCUGAUUGUUUCAUACAUUUGAGAACUUACAGUGAGCAUCAGUUUAAAAACCCACUAUAAAUAAAUGUACAGGUGGUGGUUAAAUGUGAGUGAAAUGCUGGUGAGAUAAAGGAGUGGCCUGGGUCUGAUGUGUCACCUGUACUUCAGUAUUUUUUACUCCACAAGUAAUAUGAUUUAUAUUGGUUAGACUGUUAAUCAUUCAACUAGCAUUGAACCAAAACUAAUUGUCUCAUGUUCUUUCCAAAAUUCUGUUACCAGGCCAAGAAUCAUUCUGUGUUCCUGUGGCUGGUAUAAUUGUCUGAAAUUAGGAGCACCUACCAGUUUAAACAAAACAGUGAAAAAAUUUACUGUACCCCACGCUGCUGGUUUUUAAUAUCUGAACAAAAGAAAUGUGAUUUCAAAAUAUUACCCUGCAUAUGUAGCAAGUGUGUGUAAAAUGUAUAUGCACAUUUUUAUACUCAUGGGGUUUAUGUAUGGAGCUUAAAACAGGUUUGAGAUGUCAAGCUUCAGGAAGAGUUGUGAGAGGGAAUGGAACAGUUUUCAGAUUACUCCAUCUUGCUUUGCAGCAGCCUUUUAUAUUUGUGUUCUUCAUGUUUCCAGAUGUGGAAAUGGGGAAUAUAAUUUAAUUCCAGGAAGACAGGACCAUGUUUCAGAUGCAGGAGUACAGUGAAGCAGUACAGCUCCCUGCCUGGGGAGGUUGUGCAAUGUCCAUGAAAAGACUUGUUGGAUUAAACAUCUGCAGGUAUAGAUAUCUGUGUAUCUUCAGGUGUAGUGAAGCCUUCCCUGAGGAAGAAGAAUGGUUUAAUGAACUUUAGAGGACCUCUCCAGCCUGAUUACUCUAUGGAUGUUGUAGGGCAUAAGGAGGAAGCAUGUAUCAUUAAUUGACUGGAGUAAUUUUUCCCCUUUGUCUCAUCCUUCCACUGAAUCACUCACUAGUUUUAUCUUUUUAUCUCUUUCUUAAAGAUAAUAUACUUCUUUUGGCAUGUUUCCAUAGCUAAUAUAUUUUGUCUGAUCUUGAGAAGUAUGGGGAUUUUAAACUGAAUGAAAGCACAUAAAUCUAUUAAUAAAUUUUACCUCUUGAUCAUUA